AAUCUGUUAUUUUUACUUUAUUUUACAGAUUCAUUUUUUAUAUUGGGAAAUUUAUUACAAGCUGAUCGUUAAAAUAUUUUAGUAAACUUUUCUUUAAGUGCGAAGCUAUCCAUAAUUCAAGAUGGCUUCCCAGCCAAGCUAUAGUAAAAAAAAAUUGAUGAUGCCUCAGAAUACUUCCAUCAAAGGAAAACUGGAUUUGAGCAAAUUAAAUGAAAGUUUGUUCUCUGUGCCGCUACAAGACGUGGAUAAAGUUGUGGAUAAAGAUGAUGAGGAACUAAAAGGGAAAGACAGUCCUGAGCUUCCAAGCAUCAACGAAAGGCUAGGUCAUCUUCGACCUUCCCGGGAACUUUUGGAAUAUUACAGGAAAAAAAUUGCUGAAUAUGAUGAUGAGCAUAGUCAGCUUAUCAGUAAACUGGAGGAAUACAGAAUGGCAUAUGAAGAACAGCACACAAUGCAGUGGGAGCUUCGGCAAAGAGAAGAAGAGAUAGUGGAAUUACAGAAAGCUCUUAGUGAUAUGCAAAUAUAUUUAUUCCAAGAAAGGGAGCAUGUGCUUCGACUGUAUGCAGAAAAUGAUAGGCUCAAGAUCAGGGAACUGGAAGACAAAAAGAAAAUACAGACUCUUCUUUCUCUGAGUGGAACAGAAGGUGGAGAAGUGACCUACUUCAUCAAGGAGCCCCCAGCUAAAGCAAUCAUACCCCAACGCUUGAAACCCAAAUCUCAGUCUGAAAACAUAAACAACAGUGCUGUACCUAUCACCAACAAUGGGCUGAAAGUAAGUAAAAAGAAAUCCUCAACGGACAACAGAUCUUCACUCAUUCAGUUACCAGAAGAGAAGUUAGCUCAAGAAAAUGAGAUGUUAACAUUACAGAUUGAAUCAUUGCAAGCUCAACUAGCUGAACAAACAAAACUGGCCAAAGAACAAACAGAGGCACUGUUGGAAGACAGAAGAGUGAAGGAUGAAGAAUAUGAAACUAGAAGACAAAGAGAUGAAGAGAAAAUUAAAACAUUGACAGAAAAGUUACAUAAAACUCAAGAUUUGCUGUAUGACAGCACCAAGGACUUCCUAGAGCUACGAUUUGAGGGUCGUGCCAUUGAAAGGUCUUGGAUGUCAGAGAAAGACAGGCUCUUGCGUGAGAUGGAUGUGAUUAAGCAGCAAGCCAGUUCUUCUCUAAGAGACAAUGUGGUGAACACGUCUUUCACCCAGCAUAAAGUAGAUUUGGAGGAAGUAAAGUCCUUAGAAUUUCAACUCCAACAAAGUCAGAAACUGGCAGAAAAUUAUAGAGAGCAAGUCAUUCAGUUGGAAGACGAACUUUCAAGGCUGAGAGAAGAAGGGGACGUAACCAGAGAAGUUUUCCAAGAUCGCAGUGAAAAAAUGACCAGCAGGCUACAGCUCAUGAAUUCUAGGUAUCAAGAUUUAGAACGUAGAAGAAAUCUUGAGGUGGAAGGUUUUAGAAAUGACAUCAAAAACUUACGAUUACGACUGAAGGAUGUAGAAAAACAAUUGUAUAAGGUGACAUUGGGAUUUACAGAUGACAUGAACUUCAGCAGACCAGAUGACCUUGACAUGCAAGUUUUGACCAAUGUCAGAAAAACAGCUGGCAGAUCAAAAAAGUUGGUUGGAGAACUGAAGAAUUUGAAAUCCAAACUUUAUGGCCUAGAGAAUGAUCUUCGGCAUUUAUAGAUAGAAUACAUUUUUUUCUAAUCAUUUUUAAAUUUAUAUCUAGCAUUUAGUAAAUGUAAAUUUUUGAAUCAAAAAAUGUAUUUAUGCAUGUCUAGUUGUACAUUGUAAGGUUUAAAAUAAAUUUAGUUGAUGCAGCAAGCUCUAAUUUCUACAUUUUUGUGAGAAGGCUUGUACAGUAUGGCAAUUAGAGCAAUGAAAUAUAUAUGUAACUUUUUAGUUCUGGAGCUUAUAUAGAUAAAUUAAAUACCAUAAUAAGAUCCUUGCUAUGAUAUGGCAUUAUGGUAUGAUCAUUAUCUAGAACAGGGGUCUCCCUUAAUAAGGAAUUUUAGUUUUUGAUGAUUUUGUUGGGCCCUUAGAAUUGAAUAUUUGUGCUAAGGUGGAGUUGAUAGUGUUAUUUUAUGUUUGCUUUAUUUCAUGAAUUUAGUUCAGUUGAAUUUAGUUCAGCUGUGUAGUUCAUUGACUUGAUUUAAUACUUUUGACUCCCACUGGAGCACAUGCAGCAACAGAACUUUGGCAUUGGGCUCUGGGCAACUUCCCUUUGAGUCCAUGUCCAUCCUGCUGUCUUUGCUUCUUGUUCUUCUUAUCAAGACCUUCUCCAAUUUUUUUUUCAAUCUCUCAGUUUUUAUCUUCCCCUGUGAGUUUCAGUCCAGAGCCUGUUUUGAAAUAUUUUCUGUUGUUUUUUGGCCUUUAAUAAAUUAAAUGCUUUGAAAUUGUAUUUCUUUGAAAGUGGAAAUCUCCAAAAAAGCUGUAACAAAGAAAAAAACUAUUUAUAACAGUAUUUGAAAGCUCCCUUAUCAGAUUUUUUCCCCCCAUUAACACAAUUUAAACUUCAUAUGUUACAAAAUUUAAACUUAUUGUAUCACUGUUAAAUGCUGUCAGUUUUAGUAAGUCUUUUGUUUUUAAACAAAAUGUUUUACUUUCAUUUUGAUUUCUUUCUUAUUUUAUGCAAUGUAUCAAUAAAUGUCAUCAAUGGUGCAAAUAUUAAAACGAUGAUAAUAAUACAAAUAGGCUAAAAAUAAUUUGAAAAAAAAAAAGAACAGCACUUUAUGAUGAUUAAAAGUGGAUUACACUCGAAUAUGGUAUAAAUUUUGUGUUAUUUGAGGCAAAACUUAAUAGCAUAGGCUGUCAUAUUAUCAUUGAAAUUUUAUAAUGAAUAAUUCAUCAAUUUUUUAUCUUACUCGAUAUUUAUUAGAGUUAUUGAAACAUUGUAUGGAGGAAAACAACACACUUUUAUUUUUAAUUAAUGUUGUUGUUUUUCAAAGCUUGCUAAUAAAGUAUGCAUAAUUAAUUGUUUUUUGCUAAUUAGAAUUGACUCACAAUUUCUGGACCUAAUGGAUUAGCAUACAUUCUAUGGCAAUGCUGUAGUGACCCCUGAUCUAGAAUAAUUCACCAUAUCUUUUUUAAUAAGAAACUAUGAAUUGGUUAUGGUACAAAGAAAUGUUCAAAUUUAGAACAAAAUACUGCUUACUUUCAAGCCUAAUAAUUAGAUGAGAUGGUUAUAAUGGAAAACAUUUAAAAUGUAAGUCAUUAUUGAGAAAAAUACCUUCAAGAACGUUUUGUUUUGUUUCAGAGUAUUGACUUCUUUCAGUAGAUAUUUCUCUGCAGUUUGGGAGGACAUGCUACUAAAUGAUUUUUUUGUUUGUUUUUGUUUAGUAUAGACAUAAUGGUAUUAGUAAGUAGACAUUGAGUUGGUCAGUGUUUUGUUUUUGUUUGACCUUUUUUCUUUAUGGGUCACAAAUUAUGAAGUUGAUGUAGUAACAGCGAUAAUGACAACAUACUUAAUGCCUUAAUUGCUGCAUCCAACUAUCACGUGUAGGUCUGGCUCAUUCUGAAUGAUGACAUCAGUCUGAAUGAAUAGAUUGCUGAAUGAUUGAACCAAAGGUCUAUUGUGAUAGUUCUUGACUGUCAUUUCUCACUAUGAAGACAUAAAUUCAGCUGACAUCAUGCAAAUAAAUGUUUGGUCCUGUAUAAUUAUGUAAAGUUUAGAACCUUUGGAAACUGCUCAAGGCAGAAUGCUCAUUUCAAACAUUCAUUAUCAUUGAGUUUAAUGAGUUCAAUUUUAGUAAUGUUUAUAUAUACCUCUGAACAUAGCCAUGCAGCUUAUAAAAAAAAUUACUUGUCACAAGGUCAGCUUAGUGAAUUAUGUGUCCAUUUUACUUUCAUCUUUUUCAAAUACUAUCAUUUUAGUGCCAAGUAGUUUAUCAAUUCUCUUGUGUUAUUGAAGUCUAAUGUCUUAAAUAUUCUAAUACAUUUUGUUUGGUCUCAAGUUAAAGGAUGAUUUUGUCUUUAAAAAUAUCUUCAUGUAAAAUGAUGACAAUGCUCUGGAUAUGUCAGCCAUUUUGUUUCAAAUUUAUGUCAGUGAUUGCUGGCUUGUUCUAAGCUCAAGAGUAAUGCAUAAAAAAAAAAAUUAAUGAGAAUACAAACAUUACAAUUAAUGCCCCUGAUCACAGAUACAAUUGAACCUGUUUCUGAUACUUUUUAUUUUAUUCAUAACUGUGCAACCACAUGAAAUAAGUCUUACAGUUACUCCAUGAUGUCUUGCAGGAGAGUGGGUGAUGUACUAAUCUUUUUUACUGCAGGAUUGCCAAUUCCAUUCAAAUCUUUUGUAAAUACUAAACAUGUUUUAAUGACUUUUUUUUAGUGGUAUUAGAAAUAUAAUAGUAAUUUGGCCUUGUGUUUUGAACUUGUUCAAAUGUUUUAAUUUGGUAAGAAUGAAUUUGAAGUUGUUAUCAGUAAACACUUUGAUCUUGGCAGCUGUACACAAUGUAGACCAAUUAAACUAUAAAUAUAUCUGUGUAUAUCAU